AUGCGCGUGGACCGCACCUUUGGCAGGCAGGACAUUUCCGGCACGUCUUCGCAACAUCCGCCGAACGAGUUGGCCACCAGAAUCGUGGGCCCACUUCAGGAUUUUAUCCACUUGAGCCGCAGUAAUGCACCUGGCGAAACUCUCGUCGGUCUCGAGUCUGUAAAAAACUCCAUCGAGGAUGCGGAACUUGAAAAAGCGCAUGAUCGCCAGGCGUCGUCGGUGCUUGGGGAAAUCCUCGAGGGCCUGGGUUCCCGCUGUGAGGAACAGGAUGAUGUCCUGGUACCAAGGCUCAAACCCCAAUGCCAUGUCUAA